ACAAAAAAAACAAAAAAAAAGAACAUAAGUGGGGAAACAUUUUGAAGAGCUUGAAUCAGAGUUCCAAAUUCUACAUUCUAACCCUAACAGCUCAUCAGAUUCGAGUUGUCUCUUCUUAAAACAGAAAAUGGGUUAUUUGCAUUGUCGAUUUCAAUCUCCAUUUUCACUAGGCCAAACCCUAACCUUGACCUGUGUUUGUGCUUCUAUUAUUUGCACGCGCUGUGGAUUUCCAAGAUUUUUGAGGGAAAGAAAAGGGACACUGAACCAUCGUUCAAGAGGACCAAGACAAAGAAGAAGAAAAUAGAUGGAGAUUCCAGAGCACUGUAUUAGUUGUCAAGCAGCAGAUGGAAAACAAAUCUAAUAACAUCAAGGGCAAAGUAUGUGUCACAGGUGCCGAUGACUUUGUUGCCUCCUGGCUAGUUAAGAGGCUCCUCGAGUCAGGGUACCAUGUAACAGGAACUGUAGGAAACCCAGAACUAGAAGGAGCAAAGGAUAGGCUUCAUCUGGUUAGGGCCGAUCUGAUGGAAGAAGGCAGCUUUGAUGAUGCUGUAAUGGCGUGUGAGGGUGUCUUCCAUGUUGCAAGUCCAGUCAUCUUUAUCCCUCGUUCGGAUCCUAAGGCUGAACUUAUUGAUCCUGCAGUAAAAGGGACAUUAAAUGUAUUGCGAUCAUGUAAAAAUAAUCCAAUGCUUAAAAAGGUUGUUCUCACAUCAUCAUCAGUUGGUGCAAUAUAUAGACCAUCUAUUUUCCCGAAAGAACCCCUGGAUGAAACCUCAUGGAGCAGUAUGGUAGAAUGUGAGAAGAUUAAGGCGUGGUACGCAGUCUCAAAAGUUGUAGCAGAGAAGGCGAUGGGACUUCUUAGGGAAGAAGAACAUCAACCUCAUAACUCUGAUUUUUCAACAAAGUACAAGCUGUCAAAAGAAUUGUUGCGACACAAUCUUAAUCAGAUAACAGAAAAUAAAACAGAUAGAUGA